CCAACCAGCCCCCUUAAUCAUCAACCUUCGAUAUCGACCUCAAAAUCUGCCUGUAAUGCUUAACUUGGUCCAUCUCCUCCGUCUCAUAGCACAGAUACUCCGGUCCAUCCCCCUCUCGCCGGUGUCGGCUCUCACCCUGGCCAUCUCCCCCGCGGUUCUUUUGAUACAGGCCCAGCUGCCUUAACCUUAACCAGAACACUCAUCAUCAAAUAAUUAAUGGCGCUGGGAGUCGGGGUCCCGAUCUGUGUCGAGUGCGGGACCACGAGCAACCCGUGCCGCUGCAAGGUGGUGGGCCCCACCCUCGGGUUCCUGGCCUUCACCGCCGCCGUGGUGGUUGAGUGGCCCCUGGGGGCCCUCGUGUACUGCUUCCGCCACAUGAAGGACCGCCGCAUCAUGGCCCACCCCGCCACGGUGGUCUACCCUUCGGUCACGAACGCGAUCCCCAUAUGAAUCUCGGAGGCAGUUUUCGACAUGGUUCCCCCCCCCCCCCCCCCCCC